CAUGGCUUCAUAGGUAUGUAGAAGCUGUAAAAUAUUGGUGUUGUAUCGUAGGUCUGAUCUCAUAUACUCAAUCGAUUGUCAUAAGGCGAACAAAUAAUGAAGUUAUAUUUACUCUGUACAUAACUGUCCCAUCACUGACUACUCCGUAGUAUCGCAUUGUUGCUUAAUCAUCAGAUCAAUCACAGCCAUUGUUCAUUAUCCCUCGCUUUACCGUCAGCCUUGCGCAAACACAUAAAACCCACUAUUAAAAACAAAGCUAUGAGAUCAUUAGCUUGAACUCCUCCAACCACAUUGUAUCCGCCAGCAUCACUCAGCGGGUGCUGAAAGUUAUAGUGCGACGCGUAUGAAAUGUCAGACGAUACAACUUGUCCACCACCACCGGCGCUUCCGCUGCCGCCUGCUCCCCACAAGAAACAGUUAAAAGAAUCUCCCUUUAUAUUAAAGGUGAGAAGCGCGCCAGCAGAGUGGUUCUACCUGCCUCCCGAGCCUCCAGCCCAAGUCGAUCUCUUUGAGCCACCAACAGGGCCUUACUUCGUGUACGGAACAUUGAUAGAUCCAAGAAUGCUAGCCGAUGUCCUUGGAGUGCAAGAAAAGCCCGAGCUGCGACCCGCAAAAAUCGUAGGCUACUCCCGUCAACUCUGGGGACAGUAUCCUGCUAUGCAAGAAGGCCCGCAAGGUGCAGAUGUCAGUGGUGCUGUCUAUCAUGUGCAGUCUGUUGCUCAAGCGAAGAGAUUGGCGGAGUAUGAGACAAACAGCUACAGAGCCAAGCCAUGCCUUAUUCAGUAUACAGAUGGAAAGGAACCUGCUGAGGACCUUGGUCAUGUUUUCAUGUUUGUCGGUAACCCAAGGGAUCUACAACCGGGGGAUUUCGAUCUGGAAAAAUGGUUGAAGCGGAUGGGCCGAGAGCCGGCUUCGUCUUAAUAAAACUCCAUACAGAUAUAAAG